AGUGUCUGUGAAGAUAGCCUGAAUCACAAGUCAGUAAAGUGUCGUCUCCCUUGUUUUUCCCGCGAAUUUUAAGAAUGGCGCCUGCACCUGAGAAAGAAAACAAUGACAGCGAUGAUACGACAAACGAUACAUUUGUAUCCUUAGCACAAGGCCGUUCAAGAAGGGAAAAGAGAGACAAGGGUGGUAAACUAGCAGCCUUAGCAAGACUAAAGGAAGUAAAGUCUAAAGGCGGAAAAAACAAGUAUGAUAAAGAUGAAGAAGAUGAUGUAUAUCAGAUGGUGGACGAAGAGGAAUAUUCAAAAAUUGUCCGACAACGUCAGGAAGAGGAUUGGAUAGUUGAUGAUGAUGGGAGCGGUUAUGUUGAGGAUGGAAGGGAAAUAUUUGAUGAGGAACUGGCAGAUGACCAGUUUGCUAAACCAGAUAAGAAAAAGGAAGACAAGAAGAAAAAGAAUCCCAAUAUAAUGAGACCUGGAUCAAAACCAAAACAAAAUAUUAAGUCAAUGUUUAUGGCACAGGCAGCUACAGGCAAGAGGAAGCCAGAGAAAGAUGUCAGUCUUAAAGGGGAUGAACUAUUGGGUGAUUUGAUGAAUGAGCUGCACAGUGGACCAUCAGAAAUAGCAAUACCUAAACCUGUAAAACUUACAAAACGACCACUAGUUCAACAGUCUGCAAGAUCCCCACAUAUGCCAUUUAGUACAAGACCAGUAAAAAUGGGACCAAAACCAACAUCUAGUGGUGACAACACUUUUAAAGUAAAGGGCCUACCAAAGCCAGUUAUAAAGCAAGAGCCUAUGGAUGAAUCACCACAGAUUGAGGAGUACGAUAGUCAGCCAAGUCCUGUGGUGGGAGAUGAGAAAGAAAAUAUUGAGGAAAAUUUUGAAGAUUUGAGUGGGAUGGAGUUUCAGGAUGAUGACUUUAAUGAAGAAGAGAUGUCAGAUGUUAAACCAGUCAAAGUUAAGCUGGAACCAGGCAUUAUCAAGCAGGAACCAGGACUCAUAAAGCAGGAACCAGGAAUUAAACAGGAGCCAAUGACCAAUAUCAAAGUGAAAGCUGAAAAGAUGUCUAUUGAGUCAGUGACAACUGGAUGGGAUAGUUUCCAGGACAACAGUUCAGCCAGUCAGACUGACAUUCAAGUUGAUACUUCACAGAUUCCUAUGAUUACCAAGGAAAAUGGGGAACAGGUGCUUCGAUUCUAUUGGCUCGAUGCAUACGAGGACCAGUAUAGACACCCAGGAAUUGUACAUUUGUUUGGAAAGGUUUGGGUAGAAGAGGCCAAAAUUCAUGUAAGCUGUUGUGUGACAGUUAAAAACAUUGAGAAACGACUUUUCAUAUUGCCCAGACCUACAAGGAUGUGUAUGAAAACAAACACAGAUACAGGUUUUGAGGUGGGAAUGGUGGAUGUAUACACAGAAUUCAGUGAAAAAAUUGUCAACAGAUAUAAAAUUGGGAAAUUUAAAUCAAAGCCAACCUCGAAGAAUUAUGCAUUCGAAAUAACAGAUGUACCAGCAGAGUCGGAAUAUCUAGAAAUCAGAUAUGAGGCAGAUGGGCCAGUGUUACCAAUGGAUCUUAAAGGAGAGACAUUCAGUCAUGUUUUUGGGACCAAUACUUCUAGCUUGGAAAGAUUGUUAAUAGAUAGGAAGAUGAAAGGUCCUGGUUGGUUAGAUAUCAAAUGUCCACAAAUAACGAACCCUCCUGUUAGUUGGUGUAAGUUGGAGGUUUUUGUGACAGGACCAGAUGGGGUUACUGUAUGCACAGAUCAAAAUCUUACCCCACCACCUCUUACAAUUAUGACGAUGAAUAUGAGAACUCUACCCAACAAUAAAACCCAUCAAAAUGAGAUUGUAGCUGUGUCGUGUCUGAUCCACAAUUCUUUCCAUAUGGAUAAACCUGCCCCAGAACCAGCUUUCCAGCAACAUUUCUGUGUUAUCAGUAAGCCAAAUGACUGCAUAUUUCCCUGGGACUUCAAGGACAAAGUUCAACGAGAAAGUAAGAAGAUGAAAGUUGAAGUAUUACCUACAGAAAGGGCUCUACUGGGGUUCUUAUUGGCUAAAAUACACAAGAUUGAUGCUGAUGUUAUAGUGGGUCAUGAUAUAUUUGGAUAUGACCUGGAUGUAUUAUUACACAGAAUAAAUGCUAACAAAAUACCACACUGGUCAAAGAUAGGAAGAUUGAAAAGAACUGUGAUGCCAAAACUAUCUAGUCAUGCUGGUAGAGGAUAUGUAGACAAAUCAGCGACGUGUGGACGUAUUGUAUGUGAUAUUAAAAUCUCAGCGAAGGAACUUGUGAGAUUAAAGAGUUUUGACUUGACUGAGCUAACUUCACAGAUUAUUAAACAGUCUCGCGUUGAUCUGGAUUUUGAAACCAUCAGAAAUAUGUACAGUAAUUCAGAGAUGUUGUUAAAGCUGAUAGAGAUGACAUUGGUGGACUCGAGUCAUAUAUUGAAGAUAAUGUACGAGUUGAACGUCAUACCUCUUGCCUUACAGAUUACAUCAAUAUGUGGAAAUGUCAUGAGUAGGAAUUUUUGGAGGCAGGGAGAGGAAAUAAAUCCUUCUUUUGCUGUUUCUCCGAGAAAAUUCCCCUUGUCCGACAAAGAAUACAAGAAAAAAGCUGUAGUGCAAGUAGAGGAAGGAGAUGAGGAAAUAGAUUCAAGUAAAUCUAAGGCAGGUCAAGGUCGUCGUAAACCAGCAUACGCCGGAGGUCUUGUGCUUGAACCUAAAAAAG